AUGUCCCCUCCAACACUCGCAGUCGUCGCCGCAGGCGCAAUGGGCGCCGCGGUCGCGCGAAGGCUCACGACCGCAGGCUGCACGGUGCUCACCAACCUCGAAGGGCGCUCGCAGGCCACCCGCGAACGCGCGGCCUCAGCAGGCAUGCUCGACGUCCCCAUGCCAGAACUCGCCGCGCGUUCGCAGUGGGUCCUCAGCAUCCUCCCGCCGAGCGACGCGCUCGCGUUCGCGGCGCGCUACAAGGACGUCGCACCCGCGCAGUCGAAGUUUCGACUGGCCUUCGCGGACUGCAACGCGGUGAGCCCGGAGACGGUGAAGAAGAUCGCGGCACUGUUUGAUGGGAGUGGGAUUGGCUUUGUCGACGCUGGGAUCAUCGGCGGGCCGCCGAAGGAGGGGUACGACCCUGUGUUCUAUGCGUCGGCCGCCCCGGAGGAUAGCACCCUGCUUGACGAGUUUGCUGGAUUAUCCCAGUAUGGUCUGAAGGUCUCCCCGCUGAGAGGUGAGGGAGCUGGUGUGGGUGAUGCGAGCGCGCUGAAGAUGUCCUACGCGGGCAUCUCCAAGGGCAUCAUAGGCCUCACCACAACCAUGAUUCUCGCUGCACAUGCGUCGUCGCCCGCGACCGCCCAAGCGCUGGUCCACGAGCUGCACUCGUCACAGCCACAAGUCCUGCAGCGGAUCACGACCAGUGUUCCCGCGAUGCUCCCAAAAGCGUACCGCUGGGUCGGCGAGAUGGAGGAGAUCUCCUCCUUCGUCGGUGACGGCGAAGGUCAGAUUCACCAAGGCCUCGCGCGACUGUACGAGCGAGUCGAGCGCUCGUUGAAAGAGGAGAAGGAGGGCGGGCCAGCGGAAGAUGUCAAAGUCCUGAGGAGCUUCGUGGACGAUGCGAAAGCGGUCAUUGGUGGACAGAAGUGA